GAGAAUAUGGGGGUGGUCAGGAGGGGGGAGGCGUUAAUGUGAUAGGAAUCCGGGAAGUGAGGAGGGGGUUAAUGUGAUGGGAGUCCGGGUGAAAUCAUUGCGUCCUAUAGUUUGAAACUCGGGACAAAGCCCAGACUGAAUUGGAACAUCUCUUUGAUGUAAAAAGCAGUUUGCCGCCAUGUACAUUCCUUUUAGCGUUGGUCAUCGUCACCGCAGAGUUGAGUACUUAAUCUGACGGGGCGUGUUUUAUAUAUUGAUUGUAAAUGGAAUUUCCCUGUGUGAGCACCGCUGCCCACUGAAUCGUUCUUCGCUGCAGCGGGUCAAAUGUCGAAGAGUAUAAUGGAAUUUUUACUCGGGGCUUUCUCCGCAGUUGGUUUCCAAAUAGUUUCCGGGAAAGUAUAGAGGUCAUUCGCAUUAACAGCGAGCUGCGUGGCUCGGAGAGCACAGUUUCCAACUUGGAAGGCAGUGAUCAGAUCGGCACAAGGCGCCACAGCCAUGGACUUCACAUUCUCUUCAUGCGGGGGAUGCAUUCACCUUUUCAUUUUGAUACUCAGACUAACAACUAAAGUGAAUGGAUUUGUGGUUCAGAUUGAUACAGACUCCCAAGCUGUGGAAUUUGGAGACUCCCUGAAAGUGACCUGCAAUACAACAUGUACUGAAGCAGUGAUAAAUCUGGAAUAUAAACCAGGGAUAUUUCCCAACAGAACUAAAGGUCCUACCUGGGUCACAGAUCAAUUUGAGAGUGUCCAGAAAUGGGAUUUCACAGUGCCCUGCUUUGUAAUCUGUAAUUCUGCACAAAUGACAGUGAAGGACAGGACAAUGGUGGUCACAGUUUACAAUCGAAACCUAAGCAUUAGUCGACCUCCUGACGAACUGGAAGUUAACAAACCGUAUCAGCUGGAGUGCAUUGGUCCAAGGGUCUAUCCAAAAAACAAGCUCAUACUCACAUGGUUCAGAGGGAGUGACUUUGUUCAGCGUAAUACCACAGGGAAAGCAGGUUAUGCGGAUGAAGAUGAUCGAUUGAGGAAUGUCCUCAGUUUCACUGCAAGCACUUCGGAUGAUGGACAGGUGUACACCUGCUUGGCAGAGGUGGAUUUGGGCGGUAACACCACAAAACUAAUCACGAAUUCCUCUGUGACUCUGAAAACCUACUCUUUUCCAGAACCUCCUAGGAUCCUCAACAGAGGCCCCAUAGAAGUGAAUCGGGAGGUCACAUUAACAUGUGAGGUCCCAAAAGUCUAUCCUGCUGAGAAGAUGAGAGUAAAAUGGUUUCAGGAUGGUAAAGAACGGGAGUCAGUUACAAACAGACCAGAUCCCACCACUGUCCGGGCAACAACUGCAUGGACACCACGAGAGACUGGUCUGACUGAACUCAUCUGCAUGGCAAAAUUUGAGGAUUAUCCAUCAGUUCCAUCAAAGGUUGAUAGCAUUUCCAUUGAUAUGUACGUUUUUUCCAACCCUGAAAUCCAAGCACCGACCACCACAGAGGGAAUCCCAGUGAAUAUUACCUGCAGUGUGUUUAAUGUCUCAGGGGAACUUCAACUUGUACUGAAGAAAGGAAGUGAGAUAAUAGUGGAUGGAUCUGCCAGUACUGAGCUCACUAUCUACCACACUGUGAAUCCACAAGCAGAACUCAAUGGACAUCCGUACACCUGUGAGGCUGAGCUGAGACUUCAGCUUCACUCUAACCCCAUUGUUAAACGACAGUCUGCCACUCUCAAUGUCCAGUAUUCUCCGAAGGAAGCACUGAUCUCUAAAAAUCAGGUUUGGAUUGAAGGGCAAUCGCAGAUUUUGACCUGUCGUGCCGAUGCGAACCCAGCUCCCCAUGUGCACUGGACCAAAGAUAGAAAGACAAUCGGUAGCGGUGAGACACUACACAUCCCCUCAGUCCAACUGGGAGACGGUGGUCAGUACGUGUGCAAUGUCAGCAAUGACAUUGGUUCCAUCUACUCCUCGCAUUACGCAGAGAUUUUGUAUAAACCACAAAACACAACCAUAUCAGUAAAUAAUGAAACCGUGUCCGGGUUUUCAGUCUUCAUCAGAGCAGAUGAUGAAGUUACAAUGACCUGUCACUCCAGUGGAAACCCCCAGCCCACAUUAGAGUGGGAAGGCCCCAAUCAAGGCAGCAAGCUGGACACUGACCCUCCUGGAGUUCUGUACAUUUCCCGAGCAACAUCAGGACAUUACGGAAUUUAUAAAUGUAGAGCCAGGAAUGAACAUGGAACUGAUGAGAAGCAAGUGGAAAUCAAGAUGAAAGAUGACAUAUGGAUACUAUUGUUGAUCAUCCUAUGCACUGUAAUCCUGAUCCUACUAAUAGUGGCACUCGUCUGGUUCCUGAUAAACAGAGCUCGUAAAACAGGACAAUAUAAGGUACUGAAUGCAAUACCCCACAAAAAUCCAGAAAUCCCUAAUGGGUAUGGACAUCAGGAAAAUUUUCCUUUACAAGAAGUGAAUUCAGACAAUAACCACCACCCACAAACUAGUUCAACCAAUACAUGUGGUAUUGCACCUAUUGGUUCUACGCAGAUAACACAAUAAUUUUAUGAAUAUUGUUGUUGAGGGAGGCUGCUGAUUGCAAUGUCUGCUGACAAUGUUUACUGUGCUAAAUGCAAAGACAGUUCAUUCCCAAGAACGUUUUGAAUUUCGGGCUGUUUUUGAAUCAGUGUGUCAAAAAGUUAAUUUUGAUUUCCACAAACAUGGAAUAGGCACCUGAACCCUGGCAUCAAGGCCAUUUUGGCAGUGGGAACAUCAGACCCUUGCAACUUUCCUUCCCACUAACGGAAAUGAACGUUGGAUCACAGACUCAUUAAUGUGGUGCAAUAAUCUAUUUCUGUGGUAACAAUUUGCUUAACUGACACAAAUAUUGUUUAUUAAGAGUAUGUUACAAGUGGAUAAAAUGUGAGACACCUUUUGCAAUAUUCUCAUCCUCUUGCUUAAAUACUUCCAUAUCCUCUUCACUUUCUAUCCCUGUAACCUCCUCCAGCUACACAACCCUCCUAGGACUUGCUGCUGCCCAUUUCUGAUCUCUUACUCAUCCUGAUUUUCACUCCUUGACUGGGAGCUGUGCCUUCAGCUGCCUGCAGUGUUAAGCUGUGCAGUUCCCUUCCUGUACCACACGGUGUCUCUCCCCUGUUUUUGAGCAUCUCCUUGUAUGGAUCAGUAUCCAUUUUUAAGAGCACAAUAAACAGAAGCUGGUGGCAUUCUGUCCAGGUGCACUGUUAAAUAAGCUCAUGUGCUGGUCCUGCCCAAACCCAACAUCCCCCAAUUCCAUUGAAUAUAUUCAAUGUGAAGCAUCCACAGCCUGUGCAUGAAGAAUUCCUACAAUUCACAACCUGAGAGAAGAAAUUCCUCCUCAGUUCAGUGCUGGGCACCCACCCACUCACCCUGAAACUUUGCCUCUAGUUGCAGAGUCUUCAGUCUGAGGAAAGAGCACCCACCGUAUCAAUCCCUUUCAGAAUCAGAUGGGUUUGAUUGAGAUCACUGCCUGUUCUUCCCACCUUUUUGUAAAGAAGGCUCGAUUCACAGUCUACACAAAUGACAUUUUGUCCAAAUCAUUCAGCAAAAACUGGUGUGUUUCUCAAGAAAGGCUGGCUGUACACAACUCUGACGAUUAACAUUUCUCAUUUCACAAAGCAAGCAGGGAUAUUUCCUUUUUGUCCACCCUCGGUGAACACUUCGAUUUCAUGUACUCUGGCCUCUAACGUGGGUCAGAUCUGGGAGGGAGAGUAAUUCAAAUAUUCUUGCAGCCAGAAUAAUUCUGAGAGUUCAUUGAAAUUGCAGUUAUUGCCAGAGGAACUUGUGCUCUGGAAUACCAUACACCAGCAUCACACAGUGACAGACCUGUCCCCACCAGUACUUUGCCCCAGUUUUACACAGUGCCAAACACUCGUCCAUUAGAACUGUAUCCCAGUGUAACACAGUGAUGGACCUUUCCACACCAGUACUCUACACCAGCGUUACACAGUGACAGACCUGUCCCCAUCAGUACUGUACACCAGCAUUACGGUGUGAUAAACCUGUCCCCACCAGCACUUUACCUCAGUGUUACACAGUGACAGACCUUUCCCCGCCAGUACUGUACCCCAGAAUUACACAGUGACAGUCUCAUGUCCAUUUGAUUGUUAUAGCUCUUAGCUUUUUUUAAUAUUUUUACUUACUUUUCAUGCUAAAUUCAUUCUAACUUCAUCAGUUUUUAACUCUCCCAUUUCUGCUUCCUAAAUCCAAAUAAUCAGGCUUACUACUUUUCAGUGCGUUGGGCCUCCUGAUGUUAACUACAUCAUAGACUCAAUCUAAAUGCAAAUUGUUUAUAUUGUAUUAAAAAUCUGUUUGUUAUAGCAUUAAUAUUGUUGUAAUACUGUGUUUCACAGUCAUAUUUUUAAGCUUUUGUUGCACCUGGUGACUGGAUAUGUACUGUGUAUUUCAUUGCAUGUACAGUCAUAAACUGUUUCUUGUGAGGACGAAUUUUUCAGCAGUGCUACUCUUAUUUUUAACACUGAGCAGAGAUUGUAGGUAAUGACAUAACAAAGGCUGUGUCUAGUCAACUGCUGUUGUAUGUUUGUAUAAGUAAAUUUAUUGAAGAAAAUGUAUAUUUUUGAAAAAAAUGUAUUUUAUUGGUGAACCAAUAUUAAACACAAAUGUUGGAAAGAAGAAUCUUUUCACACCAAUGUUGGUAUUGAAAGUAACUGAAGCCACAUUCAUACUUCAACAUGCUUGAUCUCACAUCAGGCACAAUCUCCCACACACCACUGUCCUCCGCUAAAGUUUCCAUCUGUGGCGACUCACCGUCUAGUCAGGCGAACCGGCUCGGCAGUCGGAUCGCAUGGCGUCGGAGCGACGAGGCCCAAGAUGGCGGCGGGCCUCGUCUUUCCGAGUGAUGGGGAGAACCCGCACGCGGGAAAGUCCUGAUGACGUAGGACUUAUGUCAUUGCCGGUUUUUUUGGGUGGGAGUUUUUCUCCCUUAAAGGGCCCGCACAAGGCGGGAAAAUAAACCAGUUCUG